ACAAUGUAACAUUACAAAAGAAAGGACCGACUGCCGUUUUUAUCCGACGCCUGUGAAUCUGUGAUGAUGAUGCGUGUGUUUGAAUGUAACAGCUCAAUCUGGUUAUGAUUGAAUUGUACAAGUAAACGUCGUAUCGAUCGACAGGCCAUUAAUCUUCACUUUUUUUCCCGAAAAAGGUUAGAAAGCUUUCUAGGCACGCAAUAAUGCAAUCUCAUGCAUGAUGGGCUCCCCUCUAUGUCCACAUAACAUGCACUGAUUUUCAUCCCCCUCCCCCUCUCUCCACUACAACACUCCCCUAGUUUAUCCGUAGGACUUUUUUUUUUCCUCGUCGUCGGCUACAAAAACAUCUAUAGAUGCAUAUAAUAUACUUUAUAGACAGCGGUAUAUACGUAAUAUUGACCCGCUUGGUCUUUACGGGGGUAAAACCAGGGGAAGGGGGGAGGAGGGUGUUGGAUGGGGGGAGGACCCGGAGGAAGGAAGACGACGAACGACAAUAACAUCCACGGCACGAGUCGCGUAUCGGGAUAGAAAAGAGAGAGAGAGGGGGAGGCAGAAGAAGAAGAAGAAGUAAAAAGGGAAAGAGAGACGGAAGAGCGCGAUGAGAGACGAGCUCAGUCAGUUGGCAGACGAGUCGCAAGCCGGAUCGUCCUUUUGCCUUAUGUGUUGUACAGGUGUUGAGAAAAAAGAAAAAAUAAUAAAAAAAACCUUCCGUGUUGAACCCGGUGACAGUUACGCUGAAAAGUUGCACCAGUCUAGACUAAUUGUCGGGUGGAACCAAAAAAAGGAAUAGGUUAGGUUCGAUUUUGUGUAGGAACCCUACCUUAUUUUCAAGUGGCUAAAACAGAGGACUCGGCGACCUUUUUUCCUGGCAAUUGCUCAUUUAGUUUCAAGUGGGGCGUAUCUGACCUGAAAGGAAAAGAGAAUAUCUAGGAUGUCACGUGUCACAGCAGAUCACAGCUCAACGUGGGUCCAUUACACGGGCGAGCCGAUUGGCCCGGUCGGCGCCAACCGCAGCGACGGCCAUCGAGUCAAAUUGUUUGAAGAGUCGGUGACUUUCAUCGCCCAAUUACAUCCAGAGGAUCAAGACAGCAUGGUUCCGCCACUGGAUAGGACCUGGAUGAUUGGCAUUUGGCCCGUCGACGUCUACCAGAUUCCCAUCAUUAUUGGGAUCUCUUCAGGCGUACUUUUGUUAUUGCUCUUCAUUGCCGUGCUCGUCGCCUGGCGAUGCUGUCACUUCCAGCGACUCCGGGAAAAAGCGUUCGCGAUCAAUGCAGAGGGCCGUACGCCCGUCAUCCAUUCGCCAUCCACUGGCAGUUAUCCAUCAGUUCUGGCCAUGUCAAUGUCGCCUUCCAAACCAGCCAGUCCGUCGUUAACGGCCGCGCGCAACCAAUUGGCAUCGAAUUCCUGCGAGUUGGUCCGCCUCACGACCGAGACCCCAACGACAACCAUGAGUACUGUGACGACGGCCAACGCUGUCGAAGGGGAAGACUCGCAGCAUCAGACGACAAUUGAGCGCCACAGUUGCGAGGACAUGUCGCUGGUCGGGUGCGGCAACUACAUCGCCUUCGACAUCCCCAGCUUCUACGAAGAAUCCUUAAAUUCGUCUUCUUUAAGCACGUCAAGCAAUGCUGUUUUGGAUGGAUCUUGGUCUAAUUGUGAUGGAUCCCUCAACGAGCUCAAGACCCGUUCUUUGCCCUCCUGGGCCCGCAACAAGCCGCCCAUUCGUUCUGCUCAGCAGCACAACAGCCGCCAUGUCAAUGCCGACCAGAAGAAAGAUGGACGCUGCGCGGUGCCCAUAAUGGGAUCGAAACGCUCUCAUCACGGUCUACGUCACGACGCUGCCGCCAUAAUGGCCAUCAACAAAACGGCCAAGACAACGGCGGUGCGGGACAAUGGUGACAAUCUGUCCGGCAGGGUUUCCCUGGUCGGCCACAACGAUGCUGUGAUCGUCUUCAACGAGCGGACCGCUCUCUAACAGGACUGACUGACUGACCGACAAAAAAGUGAAUAGUACAACACUCGUUGCCAAAAUAACGCGCAGGGCCAUUUGCAAGUUGGACCUGAUGACUCCACUUGACACAGCACAGGGUGGAAAACUGCACAACUACAACAACCAUACGACAUAACUAACUGAGAAAUCAAUUUUUUUUUUGUUUGUUUUUUAAAAAGAAACACGAACCGUUCGUCCCUUUCUUGGAAUUCCUAAUUAGGCUAUCGAUAUUAUAUUCUUCUUCUUCGAAUCUACUGUUGAAUAUCAUCACCUUACGAAAGUUAGUUGCCAUUUUUCUAUCUCAUCUUUCACGAGCGUCAUUCACGUUCAGUGUGUCUCGUCUUGUUUUUCUCUUUCCCAGUUGUUUUUCUCUUCCUUUCUCUCUCUCAUUUCCGAUCAUGUUUUGUCACUGUUUUUACAUCGUUUUAUACAGAUAUGGAUACACUUAAUUGGAUGGAUAAUAAUAACGCGCUCGGCGGUG